AUUUAGUAAAUAUUAAAGGGAAAUUUGAUUUUCUAUACUUACAUAUACCUAAUAUUUUAUUUCUAAACUAAUACAUAUCAUCAUUGAAAAUAUAUGACCACUUUAUCUAAAACCCAAAAAUACCACUCUCAAAUUUUCCAUACUUUUUUUUAGUGCAAAAACAUAAAAAAAAAAAAAAAAAAAUUGGUAGUCCGAUGGGGUCCGAUGGUAGUCCGAUGGUGGUCCGAUGGUCACCUGAUGCUACUUUUGUAUGUACAAAAACAAAAAAAAAAAAUUAGUAGCAGAUUUGGUCCGAUGGGUGGUCCGAUGGGUCCGAUGGGUGGCCCGAUGGGUGGUCCGAUGGUGGCCCGAUGGGGUGGCCCGAUGGAUGGUCCGAUGGGUAGCCCGAUGGGUGGUUCGAUGGUGUAAAUAGGGUGAUGUAAAUAGGGGUAUUUUAGGGAUAUCAUAAAAAUUGUCAUAUUUUAUAAAUAUUAGUUAUUAUUUGUUUAGAAAAAAAAUUUUAACCACAUGUAAGCAUAAAAAAUCAAAUUUCCCAUACUAAACAACCCAGUUACUCAGUGACUAAGUGAGUACAGUGCCCAAUAAUGAAUCUUUCCUCUUUUCUUUCUUACUGUUAAACUUUAAGUACAGAGACGCCAGUUCAGUUAACUUUUGGCUGCUUACCAGUUACCAGAUUCCUCCAUUUCUAAUAUUUUCUCAGGAAAAUGUUUCAGCAUUGACAAAGCAAUCUAUAUAAUAGGUUGGCUACGCUGCAAAAUAUUAUGAUUGUGGAUAUUUCUGUAGUUACCCAGAUGAUAUUUCGUGCUGAAAUGCGGAGACUGAUCUGCAUUGUCGGCCUUUUAGUUUCUCUUAUGGUUGUUUCACAGUGUUGGACUUUUCCAUUUGGGAAAACCCUUUACUUUUUAUCUGCUAAUAUGGGUUCAACUCCUAUGCUUAUUGCCAAUGCUGCUGAUGGUUUAAGCAAUUUAGAAUCGGCUAAAAUUUAUGCAGUUGAAGUAGUGGCCGGUAAUGAUUCUAGCCCUUCUAAUUUGGACAACAAAUUCAGAUAUGAAAAUGGUGUGGAUAAUGAGGAUUACAAUGAUUUAGAAUCAGAUGGUUUGGGCAAUUUAAGCAAAAUGUCCAUAUCUGAGAAGGGAGUAAAGGGUUUUGGAAUGGAAUCUGAUUCUAGUAGAUACAAUGGUUUUAAUCAGGUUAGUAUGAAAAAUGAGAGUUAUGAGAAAGAAGCAGAACCUGCAAUUGGUUCAAGAACAACUUCUAGUGAAGCUAGGAAUCAAGUUGUUUCUGUUUUUAGAGACAGCAUAAGAGAUUUGGAUAUAAAAAGAGAAAGUGAUAUUAGGGAGACCGAGUUGCGAAUAACCACUGAUUCAGAAAAUAUGGCAAACUCUAGUCUGUUCAUGCCAAAGAGGUGGGCUAACAAUCCAACAACACUAUCUCAAAUGAACUCACUUUUGCUUCAAAGUACACUUUCUUUUCACUCAAUGAGGUCAAGGUGGUCUUCUGUUCGUGAUCGUGAACUUCAAUCUGCUAAGCUGGAGAUUGAGAAUGCACCUACCAUCAGAAACAAUCCAGAACUCAGUGCAUAUGUCUUCCGAAAUGUUUCUAAGUUUAAGAGGAGUUAUGAAUUGAUGGAACGUUUGCUAAAAGUUUAUAUAUACAAGGAAGGAGAAAAGCCCGGAUUCCAUCAACCUUAUCUGAGAGGAAUUUAUGCCUCAGAAGGAUGGUUUUUGAAACUGAUGGAGAGAAGUAAAAAGUUCGUUGUGCGGGACGCUAAGAAGGCUCAUUUAUUUUAUUUACCCUUCAGCUCAAAAAUGCUAAGGAUAACAUUUUCUGAACAAAAAUCUGGGGGCAAGAAGGACCUUGAGAAAUAUCUAACAAGCUAUGUGAGUUUAAUCUCAAGAAAAUAUCGAUUUUGGAACAGAACUGGAGGAGCAGAUCACUUUCUUGUUGCUUGUCAUGAUUGGGCCCCUUAUAUUACAGAAAAGUGCAUGAAGAAUUGCAUCCGGGCUCUUUGUAAUGCCAAUGUUGGUAAAGACUUCAAAAUUGGCAAGGACAGUAGUCUACCUGUUACUUAUAUUCGCUCUGGAGAAGCCCCUUUGAAGGACGUUGGAGGAAAACCGGCUUCAGAGAGAUCUAUCUUGGCUUUCUUUGCAGGUGGAAUGCACGGCUAUCUCCGGCCAAUUCUGUUGCACUACUGGCAGAACAAAGAACCAGACAUGAAGGUUUUUGGCCCAAUGCCACGUGAUAUCGAAGGCAAAACUCUUUACAGGGAGUACAUGAAGAGCAGCAAGUAUUGCAUAUGCGCCAGGGGUUAUGAGGUUCACACACCAAGAGUUAUUGAGGCCAUCUUUUAUGAGUGUGUGCCUGUUAUUAUAUCAGAUAACUAUUUCCCUCCUUUCUUUGAGGUUUUAAACUGGGAGGCGUUUUCAGUCUUCGUUCAAGAGAAGGAUGUUCAUAACUUGCGAAAUAUUCUACUCUCAAUCCCGAAUGAGAAGUACAAAGCAAUGCAAUUAGGAGUUAAGAUGGUUCAGAAGCAUUUCUUUUGGCACAAAACACCUGUGAAGUAUGACUUAUUUCACAUGACACUUCACUCGGUUUGGAACAAUAGAAUUCUUCAGGUAAAACCCAUAUGAAUAUGACAUGAGAGGGGCAUAGUUGGCCUUGACAAGUCUGAUGGUGCUGUUUUUUUUCAUGCCAUUAUUAACAAUAGAGAGGCAAUUUUGGUUGGCAUCGCCUUGAAGUUGAAGAAAAAUUAUUUGAGCCAGGCCAAGAAUACAAAUUUCUCAAAUGAAAUGCCAUUUUGGGGUUGCUCUUUUUCCCAUUCUUGAAUGGGAAUUGCAAAAUAAGCUACUUAGUCAUUGGAUACGUGUAUAAAUUUUUGUAAAUUGUAAAUUAAAUAAUGAAAAAUUCAAUGUAGAGCCUACAUAAUUGAGAGUUUUGGCUUUGGCAUUCACCAAUAUACGAUCCUCCAAAUGUAGUUUGUAUAAUAAAGGAGCAGUUUCAUAAAAUAAAUAAAUACAGAGAUGAUCAAACUUAUUAA